GCUGCUGAUCAGACGUGCUACAGCUUUGCCAAACAUACGUUUACAGACGUAUUUGUGUGUUUGUAAAUAUAAUCACUUAAGGGGCUGUUGUCAUCAUAAUGUUUUGUGUGUGGCAUUUUUGAGGAGCUUUUUGUGAACGGUAGGGACUUCGAAUCGGAUCUUUACCUAAAAUAUUAAUUUACUGAUUUCCUUCGUAUGUUAUCUGUGCAUGGAGACACAUGUCUCUGUGCUAUGAGCGAGUCAUCCACUCAACACCGAUUCAUUUAAAACAGCUCGUUGACCUUUUUUUUUUUUUUCUUUGAAUACGGGCAGGUGAGUUUACUUACUUUUUGUAACUAUGGCUUCAUCAAACUAUAAAAAAAAGACAGCGGAAGUCUAAAUAAAAACACGAUGUCGUUACAUUCCAGACAUUCAUAAUUGGCCUUGAUGAAAUGUUUAAAAAAAUGAAUAGUUAAAAGAAAAAAAAAACUCAGAAAUUAAAAUGUUGUUAUAAUUUACUCCUGCCCAAACCCAUUAGACAUACAUUAAAAUACGUUAAAACAUUUACUUUGAUGUGCUGUAGAAGCACCACCGGGGGUUUUACCCUAGUACCUUCUUUAUCAGUAAUACUGUUUUGUUUAUAUCGCUAUCAGAGCUGCGAAAUAAGGAGGUUUGGAGAUAUUUAUAUACGUGCAGAACAAACCGCUCUCAAUGAAAAUGGUGCUCUAUCUCAACUGAGAUUAUUAGAAGUGUCCGUUAGGUGGCAGUACUCCGUGUUCGAUCUUCCGUUCAAUCCCACCAGAAGAACAGUUCCCGGAAAUACAAAAUAAGAUGCGUUUUUAACGUUGGGAAUUGCAUAGAAAUUGAAUUAUUUAAAAAAUGCCAGUGUGUUCAGCGUAUAAGUGCAAGAAGCGUUCAGAUAGAGAGUAUAAAGAGGCGUACAACAGGGGCGAGUUUUCUUUUCACAAAUUCCCGCUAGCUGACGGCUUGAGAGUGAGAGAGUGGCUCCGUCGGAUGAGAUGGCAGAACUGGUGGCCAACGGGAAACUCCGUCCUGUGCUCGGAUCAUUUUGAGAAGGACUGCUUUGAACAAGUGGGCAGCCACAAACGACUGCGCAAAAAUGCUGUCCCCACUAUCUUUAAUUUCCCCAAACACCUGCAGUGGAAGGUGCCAGCUGUCAAGAGGCGAUCUCUGAAUCGUAAGCCCGUUGAAGUGCCUAUCAAACCAAAACCAACCCCGGUGUCCGCACCAGUAACACCACGGCUCGAGGGGAAGUUUGUUCACGUGCCUGUGGACUCUGAUGGUUCUGGCCUCGGCCCCUUGCACGCCGGCAGCUUCCACGAUGACUACUGCAAACCACAAGUUAAUAGUUGUUGGUUUUUAUCUCUCUUUUGUAGAGCGUUCUACGCACUUGCACGUUGUUCACCGGUCGCUGUGUUUCCACAGAGCUUUCACUGGAUGAAGCUUUCAGAGGGUGAUGAUGAGGCUGAUGAUGAAGAUGAUGAUGCUAGUGAUCCUGGAAACGAUGUCGCUUAUGAUGAUGCUCCUCUUGAAACGCCUGAAAAUCCAAACACUCAGUUUAUUAGGGUGACAGAGAGAUGGCAGUGGUUGAGUAUAGAUGUAACAGGGCCCUUUCAAGAAAGCAAAGGCCCCUUUAGCCACAUUGUAGUCAUCUGUGAUUAUUACUCUAAGUGGAUUGAAAUCUUUCCAUCAGAAAAGCCUAAUUCUGACUCCAUUGCCCUGCUUAUGUGCGACGCCAUUUCCAGAUAUGGGUUUCCUCUGGGAUUUCUCACACCUUGGGGUGCUAGAGGGAUUCAGGUCAGAACGGUUAACAGAGCGCUCAAUAAUAUUCUGAUGAUAAAAGACAUCUCCCUUGUCUCCCGGCAUCACCAGGCUUCGCAGCUCGAACCUCACACACAAUACCACAUUGUCAAUAUGGUGGAAAAUCUGGUAAAGAAGUAUCCAGACAGAUGGCAUGUUCAUCUGCCUGUCAGUGUGCUGCGCUUUAACUGCAGUGUGCAUCCAGAAACCAAACGCAGACCUCUGUCGCUCCAUCGCAGUGAGGGAACUAAACCUUAUACAUCACCCAGAGAUCAGCCGCUCAGUGAAGAUGACCUUGCAAAAUACACCUUCAAAAUCCAGAAACCAAACCCUUUAAAAGAAAUUGAGGCACUAAAACGAAUAUUCCGAGAAUCAGCGGACUGCAUUGUCAUUUCAUAAAACAAAAAACAGUGUGCCUGUUGUAACCGGAGUGUGACUUCAAACUGAAGGUCCAGUGAGGAAGAAGCUCAGUAAAGACAACUUGGGCGAAGGAUGAUCAAUAAUGAGCCGUUACAGAGUCAUAGAAACCCAGACUGAUAUGUUAUUUGCGAUUUUCAUAUUGAAAUAGUUUGCAGCAUUGUGAAUGCAUACCAUUAAAGGUAUUAAAGUAUGUAGUACUAACUGUAAAAGAAAGUUUGUGUAUAUGAAAAUAACCAAUUCAACCAGAUUGAGCCCACAAAAGAUUAUUUAAUGUUAAUAAAUCCACAAAUACUCCUGUGAGUUGCAGGCAAUCCUAAAGGAUAUUGUGGAAGUCUGAAAUGAAGUGUGAAUGUUUGUGUUUUGGGUUUUUUUCCAAAUAAACCUUGUAUAUUGUUGCAUCAACAUGAAUUAACCAUUGUUUUACUACAAAGAAAGGUUACUAUAAAGCAACUAUGGCAACCACAAAUUAACCAUAGUUUAGCCGUGGUAAUUUGUAGGACAUUUCAGGUUAUAGAAAUAGUACUAAGACCAAAAAAACAUGGUUACUACACUUUUACUAUAGUAAAAGCAUAGUUAUUUUGUAAGGGAGUUUAUUCGUCAAGGUUUUGCUAAGAAUAAACUCUUUAUACUCGA